UACUAUACCUGUUGAAGUGGUCAGUACUAUACCUGUUGAAGUGGUCAGUACUAUACCUGUUGAAGUGGUCAGUACUAUACCUGUUGAAGUGGUCAGUACUAUACCUGUUGAAGUGGUCAUUACUAUACCUGUUGAAGUGGUCAGUACUAUACUUGUUGAAGUGGUCAUUACUAUACCUGUUGAAGUGGUCAUUACUAUACCUGUUGAAGUGGUCAGUACUAUACCUGUUGAAGUGGUCAGUACUAUACCUGUUGAAGUGGUCAGUACUAUACCUGUUGAAGUGGUCAGUACUAUACCUGUUGAAGUGGUCAGUACUAUACUUGUUGAAGUGGUCAUUACUAUACCUGUUGAAGUGGUCAGUACUAUACUUGUUGAAGUGGUCAUUACUAUACCUGUUGAAGUGGUCAGUACUAUACCUGUUGAAGUGGUCAGUACUAUACCUGUUGAAGUGGUCAGUACUAUACUUGUUGAAGUGGUCAUUACUAUACCUGUUGAAGUGGUCAGUACUAUACUUGUUGAAGUGGUCAUUACUAUACCUGUUGAAGUGGUCAGUACUAUACUUGUUGAAGUGGUCAUUACUAUACCUGUUGAAGUGGUCAGUACUAUACCUGUUGAAGUGGUCAGUACUAUACCUGUUGAAGUGGUCAGUACUAUACUUGUUGAAGUGGUCAUUACUAUACCUGUUGAAGUGGUCAGUACUAUACCUGUUGAAGUGGUCAUUACUAUACCUGUUGAAGUGGUCAGUACUAUACCUGUUGAAGUGGUCAGUACUAUACCUGUUGAAGUGGUCAGUACUAUACCUGUUGAAGUGGUCAGUACUAUACCUGUUGAAGUGUUCUUUGUACUUGCUGGCAACGCUUCCACUUGUGAAGUAUUGCCUGACAUUCCUCCGACUCUGGGCUUUGUCUAUUCUGCUAAUUAUCCUCAAUAUCUUGUACGCUGUGAACAUGUCUCCCGUGUUACUUCUUUCCGCCAACUUUGUGAGGUUAAGUUUCCUCAGCACCUCGGUGUAACAGAAUCCCCCAAAGUUCUAAGACCGUCGUUGUCCUAUACUUCUGAACUUGUCCAAGUUUUACUUUCUGUGUUUCAUGUGGGUUCUCCAGACUGGGACUGUAUAUUCAAGUAUAUUAAAAAAAAGGUUGCUAGACUUCAACCCUGA